AUAACAAUGACGAAUAUAAAACUUGAACGUGGCCACGUGGCAUUGUUUUUCUUUCUAAAAAGAGGCGUAAUUAGCACCUUUCUACAGAUCCAGGCAUCACCCAAAAUCUAGGGUUUAAUAUCUCUGUUACUGAUCUUUCCACAAUGUCCAAGAUCUCAACCGCCGGUUACGGCGGAGUUCCCACCACCUCCACCGCACCAGCUACCUCUCCUUCUACAUUUUUCGAUCGGGCGAAAUUGCACACGGAGAACUUUGUCGCCAAGCGCCGUCCAUGGCGAGACUUUUUCGAUUAUUCUGCUAUCUCUCGACCGAUAAGCUACGACGAUGCUAUGGCUCGGAUCAGACAAAAUUUGAACUACUUUCGAGUCAAUUACGCCAUGCUCAUGCUCCUAAUAAUCUUCCUCAGCCUCAUUUACCACCCGAUUUCGAUGAUUAUUUUUCUGUUCGUCUUCGUUGCUUGGUUUUUCCUUUACUUCUUUCGCGAUGCUCGCAGCCCCAUUAUGAUUUUCAACCGUGUUGUUGACGACCGCGCUGUGCUUAUCGGUCUGAGUUUGUUAACGAUCUUUGCCUUGGCUUUUACUAAUGUGGGAAUGAAUGUGUUGUUAUCCUUGAUUAUUGUGGUUGCGGUUGUGGGGUUACACGCGGCGUUUAGGAGCACUGAUAACUUGUUUCUGGAUGAACAAGAUGCGGCGGAAGGGGGUUUACUUUCUGUUGUUGGUAGCGAUUCUUCGCCACGAACAACUUACAGCUUGCAUUGAUCCAAUUAGAUUGCUGGGAAAAAGGUCUGUUGUUGUUCUGCAAUGAUGUGAUUGGUUUGUUCUCUUUCAAUCUUUAGAUGAAUUGGUGGGGCCAGUGUGUUGUAUACUUAUUGAGUGGCUUGUGUCUUUUCUUGUUCCUUCUGGGUUCUGGCCGACUUCAUGUUGUUGUCUUUAUUCUAUUUGCCAUGUUUAGAAUUGGGAGUUGGAAUCUGAAGUUCCCCUGCUUCUCUUAAGAGUGUAUGUAGUUUGAUAUGUAGUUACAAUACAUGGUGAAGGCGGAAGCUAAAGAACAAUGAAAUCAUAGUCUAGUUGCAGUUGCCUGCCUAUUUAUGAUUGGAUCAUUCUUUUUGUUUCUACAUUUAGGUUGAAUUUGAUUAAAAAUUUCUUGUUUGUUGA